GUCAGCGUAGGAAGCAGCGAAAGAAAAAGAGAUUUUUUUUCGUAAUCGUUGCUCUGCGACAAAGCGUUGUUAGUUAUCAUUGGAGAUAAAUAAGCGAGGGUGGAGUUCAUUGAAGCAAGUAGGAGGUCGAGUCCGAAUUUGAAUCCUGUCAUUCACAACCAGAAAUACAAUGUCUUCGUACCUCGCGCAGCAGCAGCAAAACCAGCACGGAGCGAGCCAUCAUGUCAACAAGUAUGACAGGAGAGAUGUCGAUAUUUUUGUAUAGUGGUCGUAGAGAUGACAAUGAGCUACAAGAACCUAACUGUGCUCCCCCAGGAAGGAUUUUCACAUUAGACCAUGGUUUGAACUAAGACUACUUGCGGGUUCUUUUCUACUAGGCUGAUUUUGAAACCACAUCCUUACUUUUUUCUUCUUCUUUCAUCCGCAAGAGGCUCAAUUGCGGGAGUUAAACAAGUUGCAGGCCUUGUCGGCGAAUAUCCAAGUGCCGCGUUCCACCGGCAAAGGGUACACGAACCUGGACGUGGAGGCGUUCAAAGAUGCAAUCGACUUGCAUGUUGAGAACCACUUCGAGACGGCCGUGGCCCGCCAGCAGCGACAGCACGAUGCCCGCCAGCUUUCGCGCGGCAUGACAGGAGAGCAGCGCCGCAUGUUCGACCGCGAGUUGGGAAAGGAGGAAGAGCGUGUUUUGCGGGCCGAAAUUGGCGGAUGGAAAACCGACGACUUCGCGGUAGUGAAGACACUGGGGCAAGGCGGUUUCGGUGUGGUGCGCUUGGUGCAACAUCGAGGUUCGCGCGAUGUCUACGCCAUGAAACAGAUGAACAAGAGCGCUUUCCCGAAAAAGAACGAUCUGCAGCGCCUGAUGAGCGAGCGCAAGUGCCUCGUUGCGCUGAGCAAUGGCAGUCCCGCUUCCCAGUUUUUCGUACAGCUCUACGCGUGUUUCCACGACGACGCGCAUCUCUACAUGAUCAUGGAGUUCCUGCAAGGCGGUGACCUCAUCUCUCUGUUGUGUGAACGCAAACGCCUCUCCGAGUCCGAAACGCGUUUCUACAUCGCAGAACUGAUCGAAGCCUUGGACUACAUCCAUUCGAUGGGCUUUGUUCACCGCGAUAUCAAACCCGACAACAUCUGCUUUUCUCGGCAGGGUCACCUCAAACUGCUCGAUUUUGGUCUCUGCAAAGAGGUUGUGGAUUUAUGGCACUGGUCAAUAAAGAUUGUUGUGAGGAGGUGCUGGUCUUCAAGGUGCGGCAAUUUGGAUUUUUUUGACGAAAUUUUGAACAACACUAGUACGUAAAUUCAAGAAUUUCAUUAUGCACACUGCCACAUCGAGACGCCGUUUGAUAAUGAGCGUCUCAACAGUUUAGAGCGAAGUUGUUUUCAGUAUUAUGUCACGCAGACACUCUAACAAAACACUGGAAAGCCAGCACGGAUUUCCUGAAAACUUUGCCGCCGCAACACGUGCUUUGUGACGACAACGAUCAAACGGUGACCGUAGAGGACUACCUAGCGAAUCUCGAGAAUGACCGACGCCGUCAUUUAAAUUCUUGGGUGGGAACGCCGCAGUACAUGGCGCCAGAAAUCGUCAACCGCGAGACGUACUAAAGGGAAAUCUUUUGUCGCUAAUUCGAUCAUGCUCAUGCAGUCCUUGCCAUUUUUUUUGAUACAACUUCUGUGUAGCCGAUAAUUGUUCUUAGCCUAACUUCUACUUUCGACCGGACUGGAGACAUUGAUUCCAGACUUUCUGCACCACAUGACUCGAACCACGUCGCAGGUACACAAAGAGUGUCGACUUCUGGGCCGCUGGCGUAGUGAUGUACGACUGCUUGGUCGGCUCGACACCGUUUAAUCCGCGCGUGGGGGAGAGUGAGCCACCGCAAAUUCAAAAAGCGGAUGCAGUUACGCGUGUGAUCUAUAAAAUCCAGAAGUGGCAACACUACUUCUCGAAGGCUAUUCAACGCGGGCGUCAGGCAAAUUACUUGCCUUCGAAUGCUGUGGAUCUUCUGGGAUGCCUCGUUACGCCAACGAACUUGCGUUUGAACGCAGAUCAGAUUCGCCAGCAUCGGUAACGAGAUGAUUUGAAUACCAACUUUUUUCUUCGGCGAUUGAUAUUGUCCUCGCAGGUAAUUACAUGUGCAUGUUCUACUUGGAUGUUCUUGUUUUCGGCUGGUUUUUGAGGCGUAAAAGAAAUGCCCGGCAUACGAUCACACUUGUCAUACAGUUUCUUCCACGGCUUAAACUUCGGGAAACUGCUUUCUAUGCCAGCGCCAAUUGUGCCACGAGUUUCGAGCUCGCUUGACACGAGCAAAUUUCCGCAGCACAAGGAAGUCCCGUUGCCGCAUUGGCAAAACCUGAACCGCAGUAUGGAUCGGAUCCGCUAUGAAGCCUUCGACUUUACGCAGUGCCAAGCACCUGAUGUCCACAUGAUUGCAGCCCAGGUGAAGAACGAGACGCAAAUGCCAACGCUAUUGGAGCAAAGAGGUCAACACGCUGCAGCCACUUUGGCAGGAAACAAAGGUUCGGGUUUUCUCGAAUUCUUCAGUCUGUGAAUAGAUGAUCGGAGACUACAACGUAUAGUUUGUUGCCCUCAGAUAAUUGAAUUCGAUGAAAAAACGUGGUUCGAUUUGAUGGAUUACUUGUAUUGCAUUUCUAAAAAGGCCGCGAUUAAUAACCGCACACAUUAUCAAAACUCAACAGCGUCCGUGAAAAUGCCUCAAGUUACUGGACAAUACAAGCCGACCCGCGGAGUUGUGCCUUCUCGACGAUAAAAAGAUUGCAGAAUGAUGAUUUGAGCAAUUUUCUAGCCGAGUCAGGAACCCUCUUACCAGGACUGGUUACUACAAGUAUUUUCAGGUUAGAAGUAUGCGUCUGGUACGGUUGUAGUAUUAACUUAUUUUUCUUUCCAGAUCAUUUCUAAGAAAGUUUCAUGGAACAAAAACAAGAUCUUGCACAGGAUCUGCAUAGAUACAAUCAGGUUCUAAUCACUCAAACUGUUAUGAUGAAUAACAGGUUGGGCUUCUUUUAUUAUAAAUACAAUAGACAGGGAGUAAUACGAAGACUUGAUUAUGAUACUGAAAGAAGUGGUGAAAUGAAGUAAAUACUCGAUUAGCUUUCUCGUAUUUUACAGUCGGAAAUAAAGUCCUUUUCUUUAAGAAAAUUGAUAUGUAGUCGUUUUUUUUGUUGCAUUUUAUCACAGACGGACAGCGAAAAUGUAAUUAACAAAAACUAUGCAGUUGCAGUCCAUGGAGUAAUAUAUAUGAUCCAAGAUUUGGUGUCUACAUCGACAAGUAAUUUUGCCAUGAAUCAAAAUUGUUGAAGAGAGGUUUCUCACGAAGACGCCCUACAUGCUUUCUGUCAGUGCUGGAAAACUCAUGAUUUUGCAUAUGAAUCAGUUUCGGGAAAUUUUAUAGCUAAUUUCAUAGUCCACGAAGUUGUAUGAAAAUGAAUUUGUGCCUUCAAUUGCUGAUGUCGGUCUAUUGUGAUGCAUGAUAUGGAUUUGAACGGCAAUACUUACAUGGUUGCUCCCUCCAGCAGGGGGCAGAGACAAUAUUCUAUCGACAAUACAUGAGUCUUUUAACAGCUCCUGAUGCAUUGAAGCUGCUGCCUCGUGCAUGGACGAAGCUAGUACUAUUUCCCACGGUUAUCUCUUGUGCUUUCAA